CGGGCGGGAGGGGAGAGGAGAUGCGCCCGGGCCCUGUGCUGGCCGGCCUGGCCCCCCUCAGCCUGUCUCUAUGGGCGCGCGCCGACAGCCUCGCGCACCGGCCCCGGGGCCCCGGCCGAAGGUGCGCGCGCAGCACCCCGGGAAGGUGGGAGGAGAGGCGGUGGCGGAAAGAUGCGCGCGCAGUCACCCGUCAGGGGAGGGGGAACUGUGGGGCGUCCGCCAUCUUGUCUCCCUCUCCUUACCUGCGUCCUCGGGGGCGUGCGCUCCACCCCCCCUCCCGCCGAGGAGGGGGGAGGGCCCCCUCUUGGCUGCCGCCUUCGCGGCCUUUAAAUUCCCCUGGGGCCCGCGGCUACUUUCACCGCCUUGCUUCCACUGCCUCCUCUCGCGGCACAGAGUUGCGGGCGGUGGGUGGGAAAAAUGGAAGACGCUACUCUCAGCGAACCGCCGCCGCCGCUUCCGAGGCCCCACCAAAAUGGCCGCCGCCGCCUCGGCCGCCACCGCCACCACCAGCACCACCACCAGCUCGCUAUCGCUACCGCCGGCGCGGCCCGUCCUCUCGCGAGAGACAGUAACGAGGUUGGGGGAACGGGGAGGCUCGCGUGCUAGCGUAGGGCGCUGCCCGGAGCGCAAAGCAGGCUGGGUGAUGUAGUCCUCUUGGAGACUCCGCGCUCGCCCCGCGGCCAAGCGUCUUCAUCCUCCACUGGAGACCGUGGCCGUGAGGCUGCAUUGCGGCUGCCGGUCCGGAGCAGCCCCCGCUUGUGACUAGAUCACCCAGAGAGCUGAGCUGUGGGUCAGCAAGCCGGCCGUAGAGCCUGGGCCUCUGCAUUCCCCUGCGGUCCGCUUCGUCUUAGGCGGGCUGGUGGUCGCGGGAGCCCCG